AUGGACAAUAGCAAUAAGCCCGAUCGAGCGCCGUGCGACGAGGGCGCCGUUGUUGCGACAACGAGAGCGACGGAAGAUCUAAAGGGGAGUGAAGGAGAAGAGAAGGUGCUAAAUGAUGGAUCAAUGGGGUGGCCAAAUCUCCAUGAGGUAGGCGAAGAGCUGGUGUCGCUGGGCCGCCUCGUGUGGCCGAUCAUGAUCACCAGCUUCCUCCUCUACUCGAGAUCCGUCGUCUCGAUGCUCUUCCUGGGCCGCCUCGGCGACGCCCAGCUGGCGGGCGGCUCCCUCGCCAUCGCCUUCGCCAACAUCACGGGCUACUCCGUGCUCAAGGGCCUGGCCAUGGGCAUGGAGCCCAUCUGCGGCCAGGCCUAUGGGGCCAAGAAAUGGGCCGUGCUGGGCCAAGCCUUUCAGAAGACUCUCCUCCUCCUCCUGCUCGCCGCCGCCCCCAUUUCGCUCCUCUGGCUCAAAAUGGACUCGAUUCUCCUCUACUUGGGCCAGGAUAAGGAAAUCACGGCCCAAGCCCGCGACUAUUUGCUAUUCUCGCUCCCCGACCUCUUGGCCCAAGCCUGCUUACACCCGCUGAGGAUAUUCUUAAGGGCCCAAAGCUUAACUAGGCCGCUCACCUUCUGCGCCACCUUCGCGAUCCUUCUCCACGCGCCGAUCAACUGCUUCCUCGUGUCCUACAUGGGCUUGGGGGUCCGAGGGGUGGCUCUCGCCUCGGCCUGGAACACUAUAAACAUCAACUUGGGCCUGAUGGGCUUUCUCCUCCUCUUCGACGAUGUUCUGAAACCGUGGGCCGGAUGGGCCUCGUUCCCGGGGGACCUAAGGGAAUGGGGGCAUCUCAUUUCUCUCGCGGUGCCGAGUGCGGUAUCGGUGUGCCUCGAGUGGUGGUGGUAUGAGGUGAUGCUGAUCCUCUGCGGCCUGCUGCCCGACCCGCAGCCCAACGUGGCCGCGAUGGGCGUCUUGAUACAGACAACGGGUCUCGUUUACGUCCUGCCGUCCUCGUUAAGCAUGGGCCUGUCUACCCGGGUGGGCCACGAAUUGGGGGCCCACCGCCCGGCCCGGGCCAGGCUCGCCGCGAGUGUGGGCCUUUACGCGUCUGCGGCCUGUGGGCUUCUGGCCUUUCUCUUCACCGUGGCGGUGCGGCAUGCGUGGGGGAGAAUGUUCACCGACGAGCCAAAAAUACUGGCGCUGACGGCCGCAGCGCUCCCGAUAGUGGGCUUCUGCGAGCUCGGAAACUGCCCGCAGACGGCUGGCUGCGGGGUUCUCAGGGGGAGCGCGCGGCCCACUGUCGGCGCAAACAUCAACUUCAGCUCGUUCUAUCUCGUUGGGCUUCCGGUCGCAGUUCUUGCGAGCUUGAGGCUCGGGCUCGGUUUUCUCGGGCUGUGGCUGGGCCUAGUGGCGGCCCAGGCGUCGUGCGCGGGCCUUAUGAUGUAUACGGUGAGGAACAUGGAUUGGGAGGCCCAGGCUGAGAGGGCUGAGAAGCUCACUGGGGUAGCUGGAGAAGAAGAAAAGGAUGAUUUAGAAGCUAGUCUUUUAGCCAAAGCAACAGAGUAA